AUUAAGUGAUAGAUAAAAAUAAUAAUAAUAAUAUUAAAAGAUAUUCUUACCUGAAAUAAGUGAAAAACGUUUAUCUUCGAACACUGUGUAAUGGCGGUUUUUUUUUUCUAUUACUUAUAGAACAUACUGAUCAGUGUUGCCUCUGAUUCUGAAAUUAUAUUUUGUAAAUUUUAAUCUUCAUGUGUGUAAUAAAUUUUUAGCUAUUAAUAUAUCGUUAAUUGCCGCCUCUGUCGAUGUUUUAAGUAACCCUUACAAAAAUCAAUAAAAUACUGAUUGAAAGUAAAAUUGAACUUACAACAGAUAGCUAUUUGAUAAGGAGUAACCAAAUUAAUAUAAAGAAGACUAAUCGAUGUAUCGUGUCAACUGAUAUCGAUUCGGUAUCAGCCCUAAGAGGAUUCACCUUGGGUGAUAUGAGCGCCCUAUCACAGAUGUCAUCGCCUUAUCAUCUCUCAUAUUACUACUCGUCUUCUUCACGUACAUCUGUCAGUCUUUUAUUAAUAUUAUUAUUAUUUUUAUUGUUAUACUUAUAAUAUUUCUAUAGAAUUUUAUAUAUUUAUUUAUUUACAUAUUAUAUCCGUUUAGAAGCAACACGUGUUCAUUUCUGUGUCUGUUUGUUUUAGAUAAAGGCCGGGAUGAUGUGAUUGUUAUAGACAAGAGUGAGUGUACUCAAAUAAUCACUCGUGGAAUGAAGGAGUGCUUCAAGCUGGAACAUUUACAGAAGAGGUUACCAAUAGUGGAAUGGCUGCCAAAGUACUCAUGGGGCAAGCUAGUGAAGGACAUUAUUGCUGGUCUUACCGUAGGGCUGACCGCUAUCCCGCAGGGUAUUGCCUACGCUGUAGUUGCCGGUCUCCAACCUCAGUAUGGCCUCUACUCAGGUUUCAUGGGCUGCUUCGUCUACUUCUUCUUGGGGUCCUGUAAGGAUAUUACCAUCGGACCGACAGCUAUUAUGGCUCUAAUGACUCAAGAGCAUGUGCAGGCGCAUGGUCCUGAAUUUGCCAUCCUUCUUACGUUUCUUUCAGGAAUAAUUAUCUUUUCCCUUGGUGUUCUUAGGUUAGGUUUUCUAGUCGAAUUUAUAUCUAUGCCUGUCACGGUCGGUUUCACUUCAGCCGCUGCAGUCACGAUAGCUUCUUCGCAGAUUAAAGGGCUACUUGGUCUUCCUGGAGAAGCAAGAGCCUUCCUUGACUCAUGGAUUAACCUCUUUACCAAUGGUCUCGAGUUGAGGCUUUGGGACACCAUUCUUGGAGUUACUACCAUCUUAGUUCUAAUUCUUGGUAAGAAAAUGAAGCAGGUAAGUGAAAAAUGGAAAGGCGAAACACCUACCAAAUUAGUCCUUAAGAAAACAGUAUGGCUGCUUGGGUUGGCCAGGAAUGCAGUCGUCGUCAUUAUUGGAACUAUUUUAGCUUACAUCCUCUCUAUCCAUGAUAUAAAGCCUUUCAUACUAACAGGUAAUGUGACGCCAGGCCUGCCUCCAUUCAAGCCUCCUCCAUUCACCACCGAAGAAAAUGGCACGGUGCUUACUUUCCUUGAUAUGGUUCGUGAAAUGGGAUCUGCUCUGAUAGUUGUGCCUCUCAUUGGAAUCCUAGAGAGUAUAGCUAUUGCAAAGGCUUUUGCUAAAGGUAAAAGCAUCGAUGCAACACAGGAAUUGUUGGCUCUUGGCUUCUGUAACAUAAUGGGAUCGUUCGUGAGCUCAUUCCCGACAACAGGCUCGUUCACAAGAACAGCUGUUAAUCAUGCUUCUGGCGUUGUAUCUCCAGCUGGUGGAAUAAUCACUGGUGUUUUGGUUUUAUUAUCCCUCAGCUUCUUGACGUCAACUUUCUAUUACAUACCAAAGGCUACGUUGGCUGCUGUAAUUAUGUGCGCCAUGUUUUACAUGAUAGAGUAUCGUGCUGUUACAGUAUUGUGGAGGACCAAGAAAUCUGACCUUGUUCCAUUCACCUGCACUCUGAUAGCUUGUUUGUUUCUGGGUUUGGAGUACGGAAUGAUAGUAGGGAUCACUGUGAACCUCCUCUUUAUCUUGUACAAUACCGCGAGGCCUUCUGUCACUUUGCAAUGGGUCUGGGACACUCAUGUUACACAGGUUAACGACACUGAGGUGUUAUUGGUCACACCGACACAGUCGUUGGUCUUCCCAGCUUCAGACUACUUCCGUGAGGUGAUCGUCGGUACCUCUCUCACCAGAGGAGUUCCACCUAAAGUGAUCAUCGACGGCACUCAUAUCCAGUAUAUUGAUUCUACCAUGGCAAAGGGCUUGAAGAUGGUCAUUGAUGAUCUCAAUGUGCGAAACCAGGAAGUGAUAUUUUGGAGAUGGAAGGAGUCAGCAAUGUUUACGCUUCUUGGCUUUGAUCCUGGCCUUUCAAAGUUUUUCAGGUUUGAGGAGUCUAUUCAUCAGCUGGUUCAAGAAGGCAAGAAGGACAACGGAAGGAGGCAAGGUGACUACGAGAAGGUAGCUACAGUUAUUGAAGAGGAGAGGCUGUAGUUAUUUUGUUUGUUAUUGAAUAAUUAUUGUUAUUUUAAGUCAGGUGCACUUAAGUGGCAUCUGCCAUGCCCCCAUUGUUGAUUUUUCACAAAAUUUUCUCUGCAAAUUUUUUGUUUUGUUACUUUAUUUAAAUAUUUUUUAUAUUGCCUAACUAAAAUGAUGGGUAAAGUUUUUUUUAUUUUAAUCCUUAUAGCCUGGUUUGAGUAGGAGAAACAAAAAUUAAUGAUGGGCACUUGGGCUGUGAAUGUAUUUUUAAAAAUAAUAUUGAAUUUUUACAUUAUUUGGUCGAUGAAUUAAUCAGAUCGAUCAGAUUUUAGGAGAAAUUGAAGGAAGUUAUAUUUUUAAAAAGACUUUGUAUAUUUUGUAAGUAAAAAAUAAUGAAUUCUAUUUUUAAUUAUUUAGAAUAAGUUAGCAAUUUUUUCUUAUAAAUAAUAGAUAAGAAGUAUCACUGUAAGUGAAAAUUAUGAUAUUAGUCAUUUGAAUUGAAGUUUUAAUUAAAAUACAGUGAAGUGGUUAAAAAUAUUUUAUUAAAUUAUAGUUAUUGUUGUUGCUUUUUUUGUUGAUAAUGUUAUACGAGUGAAAAAUAAUUGUGCUAUGUCGUUGCAUGUUCAUAUGCUUAAAAUAUUUUGUUAAUAUUCAUUUUUUUUUUCUUUUUAUCAUAUUUGUAAAAUAUUUUAGUAUUUGUUUCCUUUGAUUGCUUUAAUUUUUUUCUGUUUGUUAUUUAUUAAAUUUAUUUCUUCUGUUAAACAUCUUGGUCUGGUUUUGUCACUAACUGACUUUAACUACGGAGCUUUUUUUUUUUUUUUUUUUGCAUUUAUUAGAAAAUUUAAUAUUGCCUUUGACUUUCCUAAAUUCAUGUAAAAAUUUUCUAACUCUAUUUUGAAUAACUUAAUAGGAAAAAGAAUUAAAAUAUAUUUCAUGUGUUUAAUUGAUCAGUGAAAAUACGAUAAUAUUAUCGAUUGUGAUAAUGAUGAUGAUUCAUUUUUCUGCAUAAUUAUAACAGUUUAAACAAUUACGAAAACACAUGUUCAUCUUUUGAUUAAACAAAAAAUUAUUAGAAUUAUAUUUAUUUGGUGAAAUUAAAGCAUUUUUGUAAGGUUAAUUUUAAAUUUUUCAUUGAAAAAAAUAGUAAAUCAAAGUGAGCUAUUCUACAAUAUUUAAUCCUCACAAACAAAAGUUUAAUAAUUAUAUGUAUGUUAUCCAGGAUAAUUUAUUUUUAUCCGUUUCUUUAAAGAAAAAUUUAUGAAUUAAAUUUAUUUAUUUUUAAUACUGAGUCAUAACACAUAAACAAAUAUCUCUAAUAAAACAAUGUAUAUCCGCCUGAAACUUCAUUAAUAGCUUCAUCUCGUCGUAACCUUCAAAUAUUUUAUUGACAAAAACUCUUGAAAUUGGGGCAUUUUUAACCUGAAGUUGUCAAACCUUAUUUAUUUAAUUAUGUUCUAGAAACUCGUAUAUACCCAUUUGCUUUCCCUUUGGAUUGUAAGAUAAUUUGAUCACAAAAUGGAGAAAAAAGGUGGCCUACAAAAAUCUUGGGCCGUUUGGCCUAUAAUACCUCCUUAUUUUAACAUUUUGAGUGUUUAUGUCAUGUCAAACGGCUAAUUAUUUUUGUAGGCCACCUUUUUUCUCAAGUUUGUGGUCAAAUUAUCCAACGAUUGAAGUGGAAAGAAAAUAGAUAUAAAUGAGUUUUUAGUACCUAAUUAAACAAACAAAGUUUGACGAUCUCCAGAUUGAAAAUGCCACAAUUCUGAGAAUUUUCGUAAAUAAAAUAUUUGUAGGUUACGAUGAGAUGAAGUUAUUUACGAAGUUUCAGACAGAUGUUAAUAAUUUGAUAAGAAGAGGUCUGUACCACGUACUAAUAAUUUAUAAUUGUUAGUCAAUAAAAUUAAAACCUUUAAAAAACUAUAAUGGUUAUUAUAUUUAUUUGCAUUUUAUAACAUUUAUGAAAACAAAUUCAUUUGUAUAAAUAAUGGUUAAUAUAAAUUGUACUCGUAUAUGUAAGAUAAAUUUCUAUUUUGGUUUCUGAGCACUUGUUUUGAUAAAUGUGUAAUAUACUAAUAUAAACUUUUAUUCCAGUUUUUAAAAAAGUUUUUUAAUUCUAAUAGGUACUGUUGAAAUCAUAUGCAUUGAAUCGGUUAUUUCAGAAACGAGCCAUGUGAAUUUUUUUUACGAUUUUGAAAACCACACAAAUUACUAUUUUAUAAUAAAAUUUUAAUAAUUAUAGUUAUGCUAAAAAUAUAUAGUGUAAAGAACCUAUCAUACAAUACUGUCAUAUAAUAUCUAUAUAUAUUAGAUAUUAUAUAUUAGAGGUAUUAUACAAUACCUAUCAUAUAAUACUGUUAAUGCAAUGUGUUUUCUUGUAUUAAAAAAUGUCUUUACGAAUAAUGUACACAUGAGCUGUUUCCAAAAUGACCAAUUUAAUUAUAAACUCCUUAGUAGUAAGUUUCUGAACCAAAACGCUGUUGGAUCACCUAAUGAAUACCACCUAUAUGAAUACCACACAUUCAGUGGUUCAAAUAUUGUAAUACUAUAAGAUAUUUAACUUUCCUUUAAUUUUAUGGUUUUUGGAUAUUUUAAAUAUUUUAUCUGCAUUUUGCCAGUUUUAUGGCUUUUAUUAUCAUAGAUAGCUAGAUUUUAACAUUUAAUAUUAAAUAUUGUCCUCAUUUGGUGCUGAUGUACCUAUUUAUUACCUAAGAAGUAUUCAUACCAUAUUUGGCAGGGUUUUAGCGGUAAUUUUUCACCAUACCUUUGUGAUUGACAUAUUGCUAUUAAGAAUACCUUCCUAUUUGAGAAAAAUGAUGUUAUAUAUUUGAUAGAUGUUACAUUGAAGAGAGCACAAUAUUAUGUGAUUGUAUUUUUAUAUUCUGUCAAGCCAUCGUUAUGAACUAUAGCAUUUAUUACGUGGUUAGCCAACAUCUGGAGUAACCAUUGUUUUAUUAUCUGUGAUCAUUGCUUGUAUAUUCCAAAACCAUUUUCACUGUGAUCUUGUCGUUCCAUCCAGGUAGUUUAGCCUUAACCAAAUUUAUCCAAUUGUCAGUUGUAGAUAUUUUGUAAAUAAUAUAAAUAUGUCUAAUUGUAAAUAAAUAUAUUUUGUUUGUAUAUUCUGUUUUUAUAUUCCCUGCAAAUUUGAAUAAAUAAAACACUUGAGAGUUA